AAAGACUCUCUCUUUUCUCUCUCUCUCUCUAGAGACCUGUGCCGGUACCUUCACCGACCAGCCGCCGCCCUAACAUAUCGCCGGAGACCGGAGAAAGCAGCCAUACGCGGAGGGGUGAUUCCGGCGAAAUGAACGGCGGAGAUUUGAAUCAGCAGCAGCAGAUGCAGCAGCAGCAGUGGGCGGCGAUGCAGCAGUACCAGCAGCAGUGGAUGGCGGUGCAGUAUCCGGCCAUGGCGAUGCAGCACCACAUGAUGUACAAUCAGCAUUACGUGCCGUACUACCACCCGCAGCAGCAGCUGCAGCCGCAGUAUCAGUCGGCGCCGAAGCAGAGCAGCAGCGGCGGCGGCCAUCAGAUUCAGAGCUCCGGUGAAGAUAACAGGACGAUCUGGAUCGGGGAUCUACAGCAGUGGAUGGAUGAGGUUUAUCUCCAUUCGUGCUUUUCUCAAACUGGAGAGGUUAUCUCGGUCAAGAUAAUCCGCAACAAACAAACAGGUCAAUCUGAGAGGUACGGCUUUGUGGAGCUCGGUUCUCAUGCAGCCGCUGAGAAGGUCCUUCAAAGCUACAACGGCACCCCAAUGCCUAAUGCCGACCAACCGUUCCGCCUCAACUGGGCCGCCUUCAGUUCCGGCGAGAGGCGGCCUGAUGUGGGCUCGGACCUCUCGAUAUUUGUUGGUGACCUGGCGAUUGAAGUGACUGAUGCCCUUCUGCUCGAGACGUUUUCCAGCAAGUACCCUUCCGUGAAAGGAGCCAAAGUUGUGAUUGAUGCCACCAGCGGCCGCUCGAAAGGAUAUGGCUUUGUGAGGUUCGGAGAUGAAAACGAGAGGUCCCGAGCCAUUAGUGAGAUGAACGGGGCUUACUGCUCGUCAAGGCCGAUGAGAGUCGGGGUUGCCACUCCCAAGAAACCCGUGCCUCCAGCACAACAGCAAUAUCCUUCGCAAGCUGUCUUAUUAUCUGGUGGAUAUGCGAAUGGCGCUAUGCCGCAUGGGCAGUCUGAUAAUGAUUCAUCUAACACGACAAUAUUUGUUGGGGGACUUGAUGCUGAUAUCACGGAUGAGGAUCUGAGGCAGUCUUUUGCUCCAUUUGGUGAGGUUUUGUCUGUGAAGAUACCAACUGGAAGGGGGUGCGGUUUUGUGCAGUUUGCAAACCGGAGCAGUGCAGAGGAUGCCAUUCAAAGAUUAAAUGGGACAACCAUUGGGCAGCAGACAGUGCGUCUUUCAUGGGGCCGAAAUAUGGGACCCAAACAGUCGAGGGGGGAUCGUAACAAUAAUAGUAACUGGAAUGGUGGUUACUAUGGAAGGCAAGGGUACAAUGGGUAUUAUGGAUACGCUCACGGGCCGUCCUCAAAUGGCCAUGGGACCCAACAUCAACCCGUCAGCUAAAAACCCUAAGAUACGUGCUCUGUGUAUUUUACUCGAGCUUUUUAAACAUCAGAGGUACUGUAUCAAAAACCCAGAAUCUGGGGAAAAAAGGAAUUUUGUAGCUGGAUCAAAAUCUCACCGGAGAGGAAACCUUUUUUUUUUUUUUGAACUUUAAACUUAUGUUUGAGAAUUUAACUUACUAAACAGCUUGUGAUAUGAUAUGAUGGUUUGUGUUUUUCUUAUUACAUACUUUCGUUUUGAUGCCUCACUGUGUUAAAACUUAAAAUAGACAUAGUUGGAUGUAAAAUAUUUGCAGGAAUCCCCCCUAUAUAUGAAAUUGUCGGAUGCGUUGAGUUUAAGUGGCAGACUCAUAGGCGUCGGAAUCUUAUGUGGCAAAAAACUAUGUUUCGUAGCUAGACUUGG